UUCAGUAGACGUAUCUCAAAUCUCAGUGUAUUUCUAGUCACCUAAUGAGUAAUAUGCUAUGUAAGUGUACUGUAUCUACACCAUUUUUAGAACAACUUCAGACGAUUCAUCAAUUAUGAAAGCUGUCCACGCUUCUUCGAGACAAAAACUCAAGCCCAGUAUCUCCCACAUCAGAAAUUUCAUCAAACAUAGGCCAUCUUUUGAAAAUUUCAAUGCUCGUUCUUUCACUACCAACAUACAUUACUAGAAGUUGGAGAAACCGCCACUACCACCAGUAUUUUACAAUAUAAGGCAAGUAGCAGAAUCUAUUGUUUAACUACCUACCACUUAAUCAUGUAUAUUCAAUUCUUGUUAAUCAGCAUCUUACUCCACGUCAAGUGUUGCCAUUGCACACUCGCCGGAAAGUUUUAUUUAAAUCGAGGUCCUCAAGAUUUCACUCCAAGAUCUAAUUUCAUUCAAGCGACCACGUUAGGAAAAGGUACACCUCCAAAUUUCAAACAAUUGACAAAAUGCACAACUUUUAUAGACAAGACGAAAAUGAUAGAAGAUUUCUUCACCUACGACAAAAAUCACCAUCACACGAUCACUUACCCAAGACGAUUUGGAAAAUCGACCAAUUUAGACAUGAUAAAACGAUUCGCACAAAUACCUAUCGAUCCAACUACAGGAAAAAUGGAAAAUAUCGCGAAAACCGAAAACAGCAAGCUAUUCAAAGACCAAAAAUUGGCUAUACACGAAAAUGAAGAGAUUUUUGAAACGCAUUUUGGAAAAUAUCACGUAAUUAGGAUAACUGUACGUAAUACCAGGGUACGUACGUUUGAAGAGCUCCUGGAUCAUAUACGGACUGAGCUGGUGAUUUGUUUUCUGGAUUAUGUUUGGAUCUAUAUCGAAUUGGAAAAACAGAUGCAUCAUUUGGAGAUGGAUUCCAAUAAACGUUCGUCUAUAAAACAACAGUAUCAUCUUAUGGAUAAAGUUUUUCAACAUAAUGUUACAGAGGAGGAAAUCACACUGGUGUUGCAAUUGCUAUGUGAGUUGGUGAGCGAUAUAGCAUCCGAAAAGAUUGUUUUAUUGAUCGAUAAUCUGGAUGCUCCCAUAAUGAACGCAAUGGCCAUGAAUUUCAGCAUACAAAGAACCUACGACUUGAUCUAUCAAAUGCUACACAAUGUAUUUGUCAAUCAACCCGAUCGUAUCGAAUAUUCCAUGAUUACUGGCACCUCGUACGGAAUACUGUCUUCAUUAACAUCGCAUUUGAAAUUCUUCACCAAUCAUCGUUUCCUCGAUGAUCAUUUAUUCGCCGAUAGCUGCGGAUUCAGUGAACAAGAGGUCGAAAAAUUAUUCAAACGUCAUCGUAUCUCCGACGAAGAAAGAGUCGACGUAAAACGAAACUUUUUUGGAUAUACAACUCGUAGUAAUAAGUUAAAUUUCUAUAAUACCUACACCAUAGUACAAUUUUUCAACGAAAGGACCAUUCAACCUCCAGCAUCGGAUGAGAUAUUACCCAAUUAUUGGGCCGAAACCGGUUCCAUUCUGGAAAAUACUAAUUUCUUGACCAUUGCAUCCAUUCGUAAUUCAAUUACUCAGUUAAUAUGUCGCGAACAAAUUCAAAUCCAAAUGGAUAAUUCAAUUUCGAAUUUUAGUAUCGUAAAACAGCUCGAAGAAUUGCAAAAAAUUGCUCGCGGAGAUUACGAAUCGUUCAGCGAACUUCACAUUGAUCUAUUUUUCGAUCAUUUUUUCGACCAAGGGUAUCUCAGCUACGCUUCGAAACCGGAUCAUUACAGAAUACCCAAUUACGAAAUAAUACAACGGUUUCAAAGCCAGUUGAAAUUAUACCACGAUAAAAAAUUCCCCAAAUUGAAAACAGAAUUCGUUGCCAGAAAUUUAUCCACAGUUUUACAUUUAGAGUAUCCGUCUGCUUUGCAAUUGGCCGAACUGGAGAUCUCAUUUAACCAGCUUUUUGAUAUAAUUGAUCGUGAGAAUUUACCAUCGUAUCAAUUCGUUCGUAAUCAAUGGGAAUUCGUGUACUUGAUUUACUGGGCGUGUGGUAAUUUCGUGCAAUAUUUUCAUAAAAUUGAAACAGGCGUUGAAUUGAAACCAGUAGGUAAUGGGACGGAGUCUGCCUAUGCUCAUCUUAUGUUUUGGAGUAAAGGACAACGCUUGAUACUUUUGCUACAGACGGUUUCAAAUCAAGAUUUUAUCGCUGCUUUGGAUCAAAUUCAAGGUUACGUUCCUGUGAAUCAGCAAUCAGAUGUUGUGAAGUAUUUCGGUAUCAAUAUCAACGAAAAUUUUACUAUCGAGGUUGGAGAUGGUUCAAAUCAUGGUGUCUUGAAACUGAAACCUGGUGAAACUGGGUUCGAUUUCGCAGCUGGGUAUUCGAUAUUUAAGCAUGGUAAUUAGACUCGAGGAUUUGACAGUUUUCAAGUACAUAGAAAAAUAAAGAAAGCGUAAAAAAUACCAGAAACACUAACCUAACCUAACAAAAUUAAAAAUAUUUUAAUUUC